AUGAAUCUCUUAUUGAGGAUAGUUGGUCAAAAUCAUCAACUACUUUACCAGUGUUUGAUAGUACCGCCUGCAUUGUUAUUCUAUAGCUUGGCCAGGCAAGGAUUGCUCGGCGUGGUUCACAGGUACAUUUAUUUGACGCUGGGAGGAUCCAUCCUAGCUGUCCUGACAAUGGGUCCAUACAGUUUACUUCUGUUCGUCAGCGUUGGUGUUUUCAUUCUGCUGGUUUAUUCUGUGGAGCCGAGGAGGAUUCACCAGUGGACUUUCACUUCACAAAUGUUCUGGCAAAGUCUCUGGCACUUUUACAUACAAUACCAACAGCACUGGCUCCAAGAACCAACAGAUUCCAGACUUAUGCUCGCUGCAUCUUCAUUAAUGCUUCUUACUCAGAGAAUAACCUCUGUAUCAAUGGAUCUUCGGGAGGGUAAAGUGAUUGGACCCUCCAAAAGAAGCCGUAAGGAUCAGCCGUACUUCCUAAUUUCUCUGCUUAGCUACACUUUCUACUUUCCUGCCCUUCUUGGAGGACCCCUCUGCUCAUUUAAUAGGUUUGUGGCAUUUGUAGAACAAAUCAAUGUCAGUCCUCCACCUUCUCCAUUAUUUAUUGUUUCUUUGAAGGUAUUGCACAUGCUGCUGUUGGUGUGGAUUAAAUAUGUUCUAAUAAGCUUUAUUCAGUCCAGUCCAAUCAGUUGGGUAAAUUUAUGGGAUCUCCAUGGUAUUCUUUGGAUAUGGAUUCUCUCUCUGGCAUUCAAGAUCAGCUAUUACUCUCACUGGAUGAUAAGUGAGUGUGUCAACAAUGCUGUUGGGCUCGGUUUCCGUGGUUACAGUCCAAACGGAAGUCUGCUCUGGGAUGGACUGACCGAUGGAGAUCCGUGUUCAAUAGAACUGUCCUGCCGUCCCUCGGUUUUCGCUCGACGGUGGAAUAAAACGACAGCUGAGUGGCUACGCAGAUUAAUUUUCAACAGAUGCAGCAGGGCACCGGUACUGAUGACGUUCUUGUUUUCGGCUUGGUGGCACGGCUUGCACCCCGGGCAGGUUGUAGGGUUUUUGGCAUGGGCUGUUGCCGUGGCGGGGGACUAUCGCCUGCAUAAUUUUUUGAGAUCAAAGCUUUCCUCGGUUUGGAGAAAAGUGUUGUACUCUUGCCUUGGUUGGGUCCAGACUCAAAUGAUCAUUGCUUGUGUUGUUGUUGUUGUUGAACUUCGAAGUUUUUUAUUUGUGAAAUUACUUUGUACAUCUUACAUGGUUGUAUUUCCCCUCAUAAAUAUCAUUAUAAUAUUAUACUAA